GUGAGUUUAUGAGUGUGCAAAGUUGUCACUCUAACCAGCUGAUCAAAGUUGGCAACCCUGACUUCACUUAAUGGGGCCUCACAUAUUUAUCGAUGUAUCUUUCAUUGAAUUAUUCACCGGUAUUUCCCUCGCAAUAAAUAAGUAUUGCUUUCAGGGUGAUUCUACAAUCAAUAUUCCGUCUUCUGCUGAAUUUAAUAAUGAACUACGGCUGAACGGCAAGGGUCUUUCGUGUUUCAGCAAUGCCCUUGAAUUAACAUCUUACUUUAAACUUUGUUUAAUGGACAUCGAUACGGACACGAGGGAAACCCGGAAGUAAUCGGCCAGUGUAAUUGUGCUUCUGGAUCAAACUAUGAGUUGUGUUAGUCGUUGUAAUGUUGGUGCUUGAAACAUAUUAUUUUUUCCCAGUUGUAAUGGUAGUGGGUUCAUGAGUUAGGCGGUUAUAUAUAAUGUAUGUAGAAUAAAACCGAAUAGCCUAGCAUUUGAGUUCUCGGUUGCAUUUACAAGAGAGAUGUCAGUAAAGGCACGAAGAUUGGUGGCUGCACGCUGCUGAUGAGAGGUUUGCAAAGCAAAACGAUAAACGGGCACUGGAAGAGCAGCAAACAUCCCGUCCUUGUUAAACCCCAUGAAACGAUGCCAGUGCUCCAGUACAGGAAGCAGGAAAUGGCGAGGCUGGGAAUUACAGGCGGCCGAGCAACUUUUCUCUAACCGGUCUGGAGUUACACGAAGAGAUGUAAUUUUAAAACCGGCGGAAAAGAUGGAUUUCCUCUUGCUGUUUGCGAUCUAUGUGCUGUUCAUAUUGAGCUGCAUCGCUCUCGUGUGUAAAUGCUCCAGCAAUCGACAAACUCCUUUCGAAAGAUUUCUCAGCUUUGCCUCCGAGAAAAUUUCAGCCUGGAUUCCUCUGCGGCUCCAAAGGAUCUUUUAUAAGGCUCAGCACAGUGUCUUUCAUCAAAGGAACAGGCUGUUCCUCUAUCUGCAGCUGUUUCUGGAGGCAGCUGUGUUUGCAGAGUUCAGCUAUGAAGUCUUUGGGUUCUGCAGGGAGAUGGAUAGCGGCCUCCCUAGCCUGUGUGUGCCUUAUGUGUUACUUGCUGGAAAAUCCUACUACUUCUACCAGUGCUGUUGCAAAGACCCCGGUACAAUCACAAAGGAGAACCAUUCUGCCCAGGUUCAGGUGUAUCAGUACGACAGGAGACUGUUCCAUCCAGCUGUCACUUGUCCGACUUGCCUCCUGGUAAAACCUGCCAGGUCGAAACACUGCAGGGUGUGCAAUAGAUGCGUGCAACGAUUUGACCACCAUUGCGUGUGGGUGAACAACUGUAUCGGGGCCCAGAACAGCAGAUACUUCCUGGCGUACCUGCUGCUGGUGUGCGCCGUGGCAGCGGACAUAGCAGUGCUGACGUCGGACAUGCUGUUCCAUGUCGUGCUGCGGUCGGGCCUCCUGCAUGCCCACUACAUUGACCAGGACGGACAGCAGCAGCCCGCUGGGCCCCUUUUCAUCGUUCAGCAUCUCUUCCUGACGUUUCCCAGGAUCAUCUUCAUGCUGGGUUUUCUCGUCUUCGUCUUCAUGCUGUUGGCUGGAUACACCCUGUUCCAUCUGUACUUAGCCUUAAUCAACCAAACGUCCAACGAGUGGUACAAAGGCAGAGCGCGGGGAUGCCAGCACUGCCAGGCCGGCCCAGGACCUCCCUGCCCCCCCCAGGCUGGGAUUACCAGAAGCUUCUACAACAGAGGCAUCUUGCGAAACCUGCAGGAAAUCUUCAGGCCUCUCACUCACAGCAAGAAGAAAAAAAAAUAGCAAGCCUGGCCGUUGUUGACAGGGUAGCAGCACUGGUGCUUGGAAGUUCCUGACAUGGUGGAAAGCUGCUUUACGGAGAUCAUGUGUAUUUAUCUUUAAAUGUAAUGACUGAACACUACAAGUAAAACUGCAACUAUUUUGAAAAAGCAGUGUUCUGCAGUCAAAAAGCAAAUUUACUUUUUAGUUUGUCACAUACAAGAAUAAAUGACCUCUUGAAUUUUACAGCUUGACCUUAAUGUUAAACUUCUAUAUUACAGUAACUAGUUCAGUAAUAGCAUUAUACAUUUUUACAAGGCAAAGUACAUAUGCCAAUUCCAGUAGAAAAGUCGUGAGCUGACAUGCUCAGAUAUUAGUCACAAUAAGGUUAACAUUUUGUGAUUGUGACUCCAGGGAUCUUCAAAGUAAAUUGGCCAUUUUAUAGAUACUACCCACUGACUAAUGUCAUCUUAUAGUUGCCCAUAACUGGAAAUCUGUUACACUUAGCUUAAAAGUGGUGUAACAAUUGCGUCCCAGCACAUAUUUAAAAAAAAAAAAAGCAGAAUGAGUUGCUAUUCCUGAAUGGCAUCAUCUUCAGUGUGGGUGUUUAAUUUUGAUAAAGUCUUUUAUUUUUUUUAAAUAAACACUGAACUUCACACA